UUUAUCAAGUGACGAGUAGAACUUCAAAUUUCAAUUGUUUCCGCCGUGUGGUGUGGUCGAGCGGAAAUUAUUUUUAGAAUAAAAUAUUAAAUUAUAAAAUAAAACAAUAAAAAUAUAAGAUUAAAAUUAUUAGUGAAAGUACAUACUUAGUUAUACCUAAUAGUACUUGAAAAUGGUUAUCAACACAAAACCUCAUAAUUUGAAUUUACUACGGAAGACUGGAAGUAAAAUAAGUGGCGGCGGCGGCGGUGCUGCGCUGGCCACUAGCGGGCUGCGAGCGGAGCACUUCGUGGUGAAGGCGAACCGCGAGCUCAACGCCAGCUACCCCAACGACCGGCCAUAUCCAGAAGAGGCUGACGACGUAAUAGACUUGGGCGCUCCACGCCUGCGCCGCGCGCUGACUGACUCUCCAGGCCCGCAGCGUCGGAUACGCUCCUACACCCCGAAUCCAAGGCUGUAUCCAGGCCCUCCUAAGAAGCCAGAGCCCAAGAACAAGAAGCGCGCGGAAGGCCGAGGCAGACGCCACAAGCGAGUGUACAAGCGGCCGGUGCCAAACGCCCGGCUGUACCGGCCAGCCCCCCCGCGCCCGCGCCCCCCGCCGCAGUCCCCGUGGCGCGGUGGACACUGGCCACCGCCCGCGCCCACGCAGUCCUCGCUCGCCACCGCAUCGCUGGCCGCGCUGCAGCUCACGCAGACCCGCCCCGAACACGCGCACGCGCCGCCCUCUCGACGACUCGUGGUAACGCUCCCCGCCCAGCGCCACACCAUGGACCACGUUCCCCGAAAUUCUGAGGAAGGUUCCGACGGCAAUGACACAUUAUCCGCACCUAGCGAGUUCCUGGCAGAGUUCCUAUCUGCCAUCAUGCAGCGGCAGUACUCGGAGGCACUGAAGUAUUGCCGGCUGAUCUUGCAGUACGAACCGCACAACUCUACGGCGCGCGGUUUCUACUCCCUGCUACAACACAAGGUGUCGAACGCGCCCGCCGCCGCGCCCCCCAGCCCACCUACGCCGCCCUCCCCAGUAAUGGGUCGUUCCCCUGCAUACCCUAUAAACUUGAAUUGUGAGCCGGGGCGGCAGGGCAGCUCGAGCGCGGACAGCAGUCCGCAGCGGCCGCACACGUCGCCCGUGCGCCGCCGCCGCCCGCCACGGCUCGCCCUCGACGUGGCGAUGGGCUCGUCACACGACGGCAUGGAGCAGGAAGCGGACGAGUCGACGUCGAGCUCGUCGGCGGCGGGAGCGGGGGCGGGGGCUGCGAGGCGCGACGUCAGCCCGGACGCCGGCUCCGAGAGCGACGAUUCGUGCGCCUCGCAGUCCUCGCUCGAGCUCGACUCCUCGCCCAGUCUGUCACUGUCCAGGCGCACUGACCACACCGACAGUGCGUCAGGGUCCGGCGCAGGUUGGUUCAGCUCGGGGACGCCACCCAGCAGCGGCAGCGGCAGUGGCAGCGGCACCAACCCUCCUGACGACAACGGCAACGCACCGCUCACACCCGAACGCAGAGUAAGAAUACACGCAGAUGACAUGCAAAACGACAACGGCCACACCUCUCCCUUAAAGUGAAACUGAACGUGCCAGUUAAGCCGUGAUGAGGAGUAGCCGCGCCACGCAGCAGCGAACAGACUACUGCAGACACAACCGCCAGCGGGCGGUCUCUCCGGCCUAAUAAUAGGAUUUUCGAUAGAUUAAUGUAUGGCCCAAAACGGGCCUAUCAACACUUGUAGUAAUAGUGUGUUAGUUUAGCGAGGAUGAACAAGAGUGUUACGAGAAGACUGACUGAGGUUGACAUUAUUAUUUCCAUUUAUCUAAUUUACCCCAAAUAACAUCAAACUCAGUACCCUUUUCCAUCUACAGCACUAGCGUCAAGUAUAUUGGCAAUUGUCGCCAAAUAAUUGGCUUCAGUGUGACUAUUUUUGCUUUCUAUUGUGAUGUUUUUUGUUGCGGUUGGUCUUCCUAUGAUAAUAAAAUAAAAAUCGAAGUUUUUUAUUUGCUGUACCUACAGAUAAGGCCAGGCAAGUAGGUAGGCACCUUCUGUUGACUGUUUGACUAUACUCUAGGAGGCCGAGAAAUUAUAGGAUUGUUGAAUUUAUACAUAAAUUACUAUAUAUGCACCUUGUUUGUUAUGUAAUGUACCUAUGUAUAAUAAAAUUUAAUAUCUGUUA